CUAACCUUGUCUAUAUAAAUGCAGGUCUGUGUCUUCCUUAUCUUCAAACAGUUUAUAUUGAAAACGUAGAAAAAUGAGUGAGUUUGAGAAAGAUGCUCCAAUGGCGGUGAGUCCAAUGUCGAGUUACCUCAACACCUCUGCCUUGAACGUAUUUAUAAUGGUCGUUUUUGAGUUGGAGAUUCCAAUUGAUGAAUCAAAGAUCAUGCAAGUGCUUGGAGAUGUAUUUGUUCCCCUCAACAAACGUUUCUCUUCUAUCAUGAUUGAAGACAAAAAAGGAAGGAAGCAAUGGAAACAAGUUGAUGUGAAUCUAAAAGAACACAUCAAGAUUCCAAUAUUUGCAAAGAAGGGUCUGAAAUUCUAUGAUGAAGAAUUUGAUGAAUACAUGUCAAAAAUAGGAGGUGAAAAGUUAGCACAAGAUAAACCACUUUGGGAAGUGCAUCUAAUUAAGUAUCCAACAAGAAAAAACAAUGCUGCGGGUACAUCGGUAGUUAAGUUACACCAUUCUUUAGGAGAUGGCUACACCCUAAUGGGGUCAUUGCUUUCAUGUGUGAAAAGAGUUGAUGAUCCUUCAAUUCCCAUAACCUUUCCUUCAAGCCAUGCAACAACUUCAUCAUCUAUUAAGAGAUUACCUCAAUCCAUCUUUUCAAUGUUCAAAAGUGCAUCUGAUUUUGGAUGGAACAUAUUAAGAGGUUCAAAUUUCAUUGUUGAUGAUCAAUCACCAAUAAGGCCAGAGAAUAAGGAAUUCAAACAUGGUUUUGGUAUCUCAAAUGUCACUCUCUCUUUGGAUAGCUUUAAAGAGGUCAAAAAUAAGCUCAAAGUGACCACAAAUGAUACCCUAGUGGGGAUGAUCUUCCUGGGAAUAAGGUUAUACAUGGAAGCAAAGAGUUAUGAAUCAAGAAAAACACAAACAACAGCAAUAGUGAUGCUUAAUGCAAGAAAAAUUAGAGCUUACAAAUCAGUGCAGGAGAUGCUUCAAACUAAUUCAGAAUCCUCAUGGGGGAAUCGCUUUCAUUUCCUCCACCUUCCAAUACCCAAAUUAAGUGAUGCCAAUACAUCCAACCCACUUGACUUUGUUUUGGAGGCCCACAAAAUCAUUAUUGGUCUCAGAUAUUCUUUGGCCCUUCCUCUCAGUGGUGUUAUUUUGGGGAUGCUGGAUAAACUUCAAGGCACAGAGGCUGCAGCAAAACAUGUGUACAAGACUGUGGCAAAUUCAAGUGCUAUCAUCUCACAUGUGGUUGGACCUGUGGAACAAGUGGCUUUUGCUAAUCAUCCCAUCAAAGGAUUUUAUUUUACAGCAAUUGGUCCACCUACUAGCCUGACGGUGACAAUAUUAAGUUACAUGGGAAACUUACGCAUUGGAUUUGCAGUGGAUAAAGGAUGGAUAGAUGAACACCACCUCCUUUCAUGUUUUGAAACUGCUAAGGAGAUGAUUUUCAAUGCAGCAAAUAAAAUAUGAUUUUGUUUUACAAAAAGUGGAAAUGCAUUAUGCUCUCUUGUUGUCCAAGUCUUUGUUGCUGUGUAUCCUUUCUUUUUUCUGAGUCUAGUGUUAUUUUACAAUAAAGGGUUUUGAGUUGCACAAAUGUUUUCAUUCAACUGUGCGUAUGGAUAUGUGACUAUAACUUCAUUGUGUUCUUUCUGCUUAUACGUUUAUGCUCCCCGGCCAGAUUCUCAUCUUCCUAGGUUACUGAUAUUGAUAUAAAUGUCUAAAUCAUCCGUGACUCUUUCUGGCAUGAAGGAAUUCCUCAAAGAUAAUGAGUAGUUUAUCUGACGUAAGAAAAUUUAUCAAAAGGCUAGAAACCAAAGAGAUCAAAUCAUAAUUGAGCUAUUUGUAUCUUUGAGAAAAUUGCUUUUGUUAAUUUUUAAGAGAUUGUUAUUAUUUGCAAACGCCCACAAUCAAAGAACAAAGGAGAUAUUUGGCGCAAAACUUUGUAUUAAUAAAAAACAAUUUUAAACAAAAAAUGUCCGAACGUUUCUUAGCAAAGCUUUUCCUCAAACAAAAACAUAGAUUGCAAAAUUAUAAGAGUUAAUCAUGGCAGAAAACUAACAAGUCUAGA